AUGUCCGCAAAAAGCGUUAAAGGGCCGGGAGCGAAGAAGCCUGCUUCGGCGGCCACCAAUUUGAUUGCUGGUGGUGCUGCUGGCAUGAUGGAGGCACUGGCCUGUCAUCCCCUAGAUACCAUUAAGGUGCGGAUGCAGCUUUCGCGGAGAAAACGAGCGCCUGGAGCAAAACCACGCGGUUUCUACACCACAGGCAAAGAGAUUGUGAACCGGGAAACGCCCUUGGGUCUGUACAAAGGCCUUGGGGCCGUCGUUACAGGCAUCGUGCCCAAGAUGGCAAUACGCUUUACAUCCUACGAGUGGUACAAGCAAUUGCUUGUAAGCAAGGACGGGCAUGUGAGUGGGGAGGCAACCUUCUUCGCUGGGCUUGCAGCUGGCGUAACUGAAGCAGUUGCUGUUGUGACUCCCAUGGAAGUCAUCAAGAUUCGACUGCAAGCGCAACAUCACUCAAUGGCCGAUCCAUUGGACAUUCCCAAAUACCGCAAUGCUGCGCACGCCGCAUACACCGUCCUCAAAGAGGAAGGAAUUGGGGCCAUGUACCGUGGAGUAUCUCUUACCGCCUUGCGCCAGGGAACAAACCAGGCUGUCAACUUUAGCGCCUACACGAAGUUCAAGUCAUUUCUGCAAAACUAUCAGCCGGCAUAUCAUGACAAGGAGCUUCCAAGCUACCAAACAAUGUUCAUCGGCCUAGUGAGCGGUGCUAUGGGUCCACUGAGCAAUGCGCCAAUUGACACGAUCAAGACAAGGUUACAGAAAACCCCUAGCCAACCGGGGGAAACGGCGAUAAGUCGAGUCAAGGUCAUUGCAAGCGACAUGUUCAAGCAAGAAGGGUUUCAUGCUUUCUACAAGGGGAUUACACCUCGGAUUAUGAGGGUUGCGCCAGGGCAGGCUGUUACAUUUACCGUGUAUGAGUACUUGAAAGGCUGGUUGGAAAGUACUAAUUUUGCCAUUGUGGGCGGGAGGUAUGAGGAAUAG